CUGAGGGGAGGGGAGGGGAGGGGGAGGCGGUGCGAGCCCGGGGAGCCCCGGUACCGGGGGGAACGGCCCGAGGAAGGUCUGUGAGCCGCGUCCUGCACCCGCUGUGACUUUGCCUGCUCUUUUUGCACCAUUCAGCAUCGGCACGGAAGGGGACUGGUUCCUAUUCGCCCUGCAGGUCCAGGUGCGUGGGAUGAAGGGAGCCUGACGGCUGUCGGAGGAGGAGAGGAGCCGCCGCGAGCUGCCCAGCAUGAGCAGGGCACUGCUGGCUGGCAGGAUGCAGCCCGAGGGCCGCAGCGUCUGCGUCUUCCUGCCCGACCGGGAGCAGCUCAGCCUGACCGUGGGGGUCAAAGCCACUGGACAGGAGCUCUUUCAGCAAGUUUGUGAUUUAGUGAAGAUUAAAGAGCCUCACUUCUUUGGCCUCAGCAUUGUUAAAAAUAAUGAGUAUGUUUUCAUUGACCUGGAGCAGAAGCUUAGCAAAUACUUCUCAAAGGAAUGGAAGAAAGAGACCAACAAAGGAACAGAGAAAUUCAGCCCUCCUUUUGUUGCAUUCUUUAGAGUACAAUACUACGUAGAAAAUGGAAGGGUAAUAAGUGACAAGGUGGCGAGGCAGCUUUACUACUGUCAUCUCAAAGAGCAAGUGCUCAUGUCUCGGUGCAACCACAAAGAAGAAAUCUACUUCCUGCUGGCUGCCUACAGCUUGCAGGCAGACUUGGGCAACUACAGGGAGGAGGUCCACACUGGGAAAUAUUUUGAACCUCAGGCAUAUUUCCCGCAAUGGAUAAUUGCAAAGAGGGGGAGCGACUACAUCUUGAAACAUGCCCCAGAGAUGCACCGAGAACAGCAAGGCCUGAGUGCAAAGGAAGCUGUGCUGAAGUUCAUUAAGGAGUCCUGCUUGUUGGAAGAUGUUCCCGUCCACUUCUACAGGCUGCAGAAGGAUAAGAAGGAGGAUCGCCCAACAGUUAUCCUGGGCCUGACCCUUAGAGGAAUGCACAUCUAUCAGGAGGUGAACCACGUUCGUCAGCUCCUCUACGACUUUCCCUGGUCGCACAUCGGGAAGCUGGCGUUUCUGGGGAAAAAAUUUGAGAUCCAGCCAGACGGUUUGCCCUCUGCACGGAAACUGGUUUACUACACAGGUUGCCCCUUCAGGUCACGGCACUUGCUGCAGCUCCUCAGCAACAGCCACCGGCUCUUUCUGAAUAUCCAGCCAGUGCUGAAGCAAAUCCAAAAACUGGAGGAGGCUGAAGAGAAGAAGCGCUACCGGGAGUCCUAUAUCAGCGACACGCUGGACAUGGACCUGGACCCGUGCGACAAGAACUCGCGCGGCAGCGGGAGCAGCGUGGGCAGCCGGAGGGAUAACCGCCUCUCGCGCCAGUCCACAGGGAGCCACGGCAGCUCUCACACCUCGGGCAUUGAGGCUGACUCGAGGCACCGAGUGUCAGUGGAGAUGUCGGUGGAUGAGCCCUUUGGCAUCGACCGAGUGCACAGGAAAGAGAAAUCCUGCAGCUCAACCAUCAGCUAUGGUAGCUCUGGCAUUGACAGCGGCAGUAAGGGGAGGGCUGAAGAUGACUCUCAGGAUGAUGAUCUUGAGCUGGCAGUAGAUGAGCCAGAGGAGGUGCCUGUAGAUGAGCCUUUAGGAAGAGACGAGUUAGAGGAGGCCACUGUGGAAGAAGCUGUUGAAUCUCUUCCUCUAGAUGCUGCUAGCUGCCAAGCUGUAAAUCAGGAGUCGCUGUCUGUGGUGCAAGUCACGCUAAUAAAAAUGAGAGGUCAAAGUGUGGAGUCCCUUCAUCAGGUCAAAUCGCCGAGAGGCAGGAGCUGCACAGACCAGCACAGCCAGAGUUUGGAUGACAUCCGCCUGUACAAGCACCGGCACCCGCCACUGAGUGCCACGCUGUCCUCGGACACGUCCCACAGCUACACGUUCGGCUGCAGCCUGGAGGAUAAGCUGUCUGUCUACGGCUGCGUUUAUUCCACAGCGGACUGCAAAACCAAGUCUGCCCUUUACGGGAAGCGAUCUAUGAACUGCCUCUCCUUGGAUCUGCUGGGAGAGGACCAGCUGCCAGAGGAGUUCGUGGUGUAAUGAGAUUGGAGCUCUUCCAUACCAGGAAACAGCACAGCAUGGAAAUAUAUACCUCAUUCACACGUGUGAUGUCACUGGGUCUUGUAGGAGAUUGAGCAGCUUUGUUACUCAACUCCGUAAUCAGCAAGUGGCAUCGCUUCUGCAGACCUGACUACAGGGCAAAUCAGCUGGAGUGUAGCACUUAACGUUGGCGUUGGGAGGGUCUGCUGAGCAGAACAUGGAAGUGGGCUGCACCAUUAGUAGUGACCAAAAAAACACAACCCAAAACUGGACCAAAAUUGAUUUAUCAGAAAGAUAUUUACAAAGUCCAUGGCCGUUUAGCUUCCUGCUUUUCUCUUGUGGUCCAUUUAUGUUAAUGCUACUAUACAAGUAGUUUGAUUGUCUUGAGCUUGUGCUGCUGCAGCACUGCUAGCGGCUGUCAGGUCAGGAUAUACUCUCAGCAUAUUUGGAUGUCUGUGCAUGGAAAAGUCUAGCCUUUUCUGAUUGUAAUGCACAGAAGUUGCCUGUUUGCUUUACUGGGAGCAAAACUUGCUCUGCCUUGAGCUUUUUGUUUGUUUUGUUUUGUUUUGAUGUAAGCAUCCAGCCAAAUACAAUGUAGGUUCUGUGUGUUUGUAUUUUUUUUUAAUGCAACAAUUGGAACUGUCUGUCAGCUGUCACUACUACUGCCAUGGUAUAGAUGGGUAAAUAAAUCCCUAUAUCCUUGGGAGAGAGAUGGGGGAAGGGAUGAAACAAAUAGCCAUUUCUGAGCAUACAGAGGACAAUUUAAGAGCAGUAAAUGACUGGCUCUCGAAGACAGGAGUGUGACUGGAGAAUUUGUCCGGGCAUGAUCACCCCUUAAGUUGCAUCAUACUUUUAAUGUUGUUCUUUUCUUUAUUUUUCAUAGAACUGUUCCUUAGAAUUUUUUACUCUGCUGGGGGCAGAUGUGGACUGGAGAAAGUCGCUUUGGAUAGACAAAGCUCCCAGUGGCUGUGUUCAACUUCAUCCUGCAUAGGUCACGGAAGUGUGCGUGAGCGAUGCUGUAGGGCCUGUGAUGUGAUGAUGGAGGCACGGGGGGAACCAGGGGUACUUUGGGUGGUCUUGAGUCCUGUGGAGCUGGCCAUGCUGGCUCCUGGCAGGAAAAUAGCUGUAAUUAUGCUGUUUGAUUAAGGGAUUUGUCUGGUGUGGAAAACACACUGCUGCCCUGUUACAUCCAAAUAAAUGUAUAGUUUUUUUGAUUUCCUUCCCUGCCUUCCCCCGCUGGUAGUACCCCCUCCCCAUCAAUUCCCAACAUCUGUGAAGCUUGUACUUAGAUCAUGCAUAACCUGCUUUGGACAGCAGGUGGACACUAACUGCUUUUCAUGGCAAACUUUAGAAGCUGAAUGAUGCUGUUGUGCUGAUUUGGGAAGUAUGUGUUGUACAGUGUUGAUCAAUCGGAAGAUGAAGAUGGCUGCUUUGGGAAAGGAAGGAAGUCAAACCACAACGAGGGAGGGUUCAUGCUGCUGCCUUGACAGGCUUAGCAGUUGUCCAGUGAAUUGCAUUCCUGUACUCUGUCAAAAUAGCAAAUCCGUGAAGUCUGCAAGCUCACUGUUUCUAUGCAAGUCAAUGUGGUGUAAAGAGACCACUUCAGGCCACCAGAUGCACCUGCAUUUGCUGAAGUGACAUCAGUGGCCGUACAUCCUCGUAGACAAAUCUAGCCCAAACUGUUAGCCGUAUGUAUGAAUGAAUGAUGGACACAACUCACUGUAACCACAACUUAAUUGACUGUGCUCUCUUUGAUCAUGCUGUUCUUUCUUCUCUUAAUGAACAAUUAUAUGUGUGUUCACUGUAGCCUUUUUUCCAUCCUUCCAAGCAAAGCCAAAAUACCUUUAGAGUACCUGAAGCAUAUUUACAGUAUCUAAAAAAAAGCUCUCCUAAAUGGACCUAAAUGGUGAAAGGGCAUCUGGCUGCUUGUGGACAGUCCAGUUAAGCCUUCCCUGAUACUUGGGACCUAUUUGGCCGUAAGCUGUUGGAGAUUGUACGCCUCCAAGAACCAGGAGGAAGGUGGCAGUGCUGCAGGGAGCAGCUUUGCUCUUGCACCUGUUGCAGAGCUGGAGGGACAGCUCUAAAAUACGGCAGGUAUCGUUAUUUGGAAGGGUGUCACAAAACAGGCAUGUGUUCCACGUGCUCGCAUACAUGCACACUUGUCUCAAAGACAAUCACAGUCAUACCUGCCUCAGCCUGACCAGUUUUCUGAAGUGUUUAUUAACCAUUAAGAAUGAGCAGCUUGGUAUUUUCUUUUCACAGCUACCAAACAUUAACUAGAACUGGUGAAAUGCUGCAGUCCUGGUGUUGCUGGUUCACAAAAUAUACCACUGCCUGACAGCAGUGUAAUUGGCUCUUGCACAAGUCUCUGUUGCCUUGUAUGUACAUGGGGGUUCCCUGUAUUUGUUCAUGGCUGGUGGGGAAGGCAAGUGCUCCAAAUCUUCAUUCAGUGGUCUACGCAGUUCCCCCAGUACUGUAAGUUACAAAUGCAUAUGAAGGGGAGACUGGACACUUUUUUUUAUGUGUACAGACUGAGAGUGAAUCAGUGAAUACCUUACAAGCACUGUGAAUAUCUAUUAUGCAAGUUUUUGUAUUCAUAUAAAAAAAAAAAAAAGUUCCUGCUAGUAAUAGAUGUUUUUUGUCUUUGGAUUUAGAAUGUCUUAUUAUUUUGGUUUCAUUAGUUUGGUAGAGGGUAACUUGUAAGCAUUUAUCAGCUGAUGUUAGAAACUAGCUGCCAAUAUUUGUAUAUAUUUGUAAUAUACUUGUGGUAUAAUCACUCUAUUUUAAUGGUAAAAGUUUCUCCUUUCUAUGAAAGGAAUUUUUUGUUAAAAAAAAAAAAAGUAUAUGUACACCUGCAAUAAAGUAUUGACAGAAAAAA